CUAGCUCGCCUUCCGUGCCAGAUCGAGUCUGUUGCUUAGCUGUGACGGUGCGCGCUAGCCAGUGAGUGCGAGUGUGUACGGCGAUGACAGUUUGCAAACGAGCGUGCGUGCCAGUGUGGAGCUGACGGGCGAUGCACAUAGACGAGGCGGGCGUGGAGCCGUGCAACCAGAGCGACUGGUGGGCGGGCGCGCCGGAGGAGGACGCGCUGUCGCUGGCGCUGGACGGCGACGGCGACGGCGACGCGGCGGGCCUGUGGUCGGGCGCCUUCGUGCCGCCGCCGCCGCGGCCGCACUUCCUCGACGACUCCGCGGCGCCCGACGGGCUCACCACGUGCGACCUGUGCGCCUGGGCGUGGCGCGCGCGCACUCCGGUCUUCCCCGCCGACGAACCACCAGAUAACGAGACGAAGCUAGGAUGGUUACUCACUCUCGCUAUCGUAUCGAUAGUAUCAGCAGCUGUUGGUGCCGUCGUUAUGGUCACCGUUCUGCACUGUCGCAACAGACUGAAGAACCUGAGGUUUGGAGGCGUGUGCUCCUCCAGGUCGAGCCAAAGAGCGCGCGCGCCUGCGCCGGCAGCGCCAGCAGCGGCGGGCGCAGAGCUAGCGACGCGGCCGUCGCCGGGGAAAGUGGCGCCCUGCGAGAGCGCCUGCCGCGAGAACCACUACACGCUGCACGAGGACGCCGUGUACGCGGAGCUUGACCGCGACUCGACCGCCUUCCACAACGGCGCAUACACCGGCUCCGACACCGAGCCCAGCAGCGCCUACUACUCGGACCUGUCGGCGGCCGACCGCGACCGCCCUUACGAGGCUGUCGCCUGGGAAGGCCAGCCCAGCAGGCCGGCUCUCUCGGCCAUCACCGAGACCCUCACCGUGCCUUCAGACUACGUCUAGCCCACAGCUGCCGAUUCUCUUGCGAUGUUAGAGAUGAGGAGAGCUUCAAGACAUCGGAUGACACUUUUCUAGUAUCAACGAGGACUAGCGGUGUUGCCCUGGAGCUUACAUCAGUACAGACAACUCUUGUCAUGCUGCAGUUUUUUUUCCCGGAUGAAUAAUGCUAUUUCACAGUGUUGUGUAACUGACAGUGGCUCAAGAACCACAUUUGAAACAUUUUGAUUGAAACCUCUACGACAUCAUCAUCAGUCUUUCACAUCUCGGAUCAUCAGGAUAUCUGGCAACUUAGUUGGGUGGCAUCCUCUGCUUUUUGUGUGUUUCACUUUCCACCUCUACAGAACCACCAUUCUCACUCACAUGUUCUUCCAUAAAAAUUAAAGUGACUACAAUAACGUUGACGUAGGUGACCAGUGUGAACUGCUGGCACUAUCCUACUGUACUCAAGGAAUCACUGGACUGUGAUAUGGAGGGGCAUGUAUCCAGGUCCAUUGCUUUGAAGUAUGACAUAUAAACGUGUGCUAUGGAGUUGUUAUAAAAAUCUAUAAAAUCACCUCUUUGAGCAAAGUUCUCUCUAUUGUUUCCUCCAACCAUUACCCAUAUUAGAGAUCUGGGAUUUCCUGUGCUUAUACAGUUUGCCUCUGGAUGUGGGACCACCUAGUUUCUGGUCAUCCUCUGCAACACUAUGUAUUUCCCAUAAGCAUUUUGCAAGUGAUACUUUUUAAAGAUGAAUCUCAGUAACAGUAUUUGUGAAGAAUGGAUUUUUCUCUCUGCAGCAGAGUGUGCAUCAGUAUGAAUCACAGCAGAUAAAAGUUGUUUGCUAGAUCUGGACCUGAACUCAGGUUUGAGUCCUAGUCUGGCAUACAGUUUUAAUCUGGCAGGAAGUUUCAAUGUGUCUGUAAAAUUGCAUCUACCAUAAGUAUACAGAUUUGUUUUUCUGACUUGUUUAGGAAAGAAAUAGUGUGCUCUAAAUAGCAAUAUCCUCAAUAGUGCCACACGAUAAAUAUGAAUAACUGAUUAAAUUGGUACCAACCACAUACAGGAUGCACGAGUCACAGACAGGAGCAAUUAAAAGAAUACUAGAAAUAUUUAAUCUUUCGAACAAAGUCCUUCCUCAGAGGCAGAAACCUCACACAUUCACACAACUUUGUUGUUGUGCGAGCUCUAUUUCUGAGGGAUGACUUUGUAUGAAGGCUUAAAUAGUUCUACUGUUCUUUCCAUUGUACCUGUGUGGGACUCAACACUACCUCUAUAUGGUGAGUAGCAAUCUACCCUUAGCAUGUUGUUGUUAUUCCAACUUAGACUUUCUAUUGUGUGGAUAACUGAUUAAACAUAUUUAUCUGGCAUACUCCUACAGUUUUACACAGAAGUGGUGCAAACUUUGUACUACUGUACAGUAAUCUGAUAUCUCCUAUAAAAACAGCAUUUCACCAUACAAAUACAAUCAAUUCUUAUCUAAUGUGUUAAUCACUAGCUGCCAUAGGCAGCAACUCCAGUAAUAAAGCAAUGUAUUUUCCAAGAAUUUGUCUAAUUAAUGCUCAAAUACAUGAGUCAAUAUAGACACUGAUGUAAAUAUCUUUAUAAAACAUUUUAUGCACCUGUAAUAUGAGAGCUUGUCAUGUAAUAUUUUUUUUUUUUUUUUUUUUUUUUUUUUUUUUUUUUUUUUUUUUUUUUUUUUUUUUUUUACUUCUACAUCUGAGGGAAGUAGUAAGGGUUGUGAUUUCUUGUUCAUAUUUAUUCGUGACAGUUUAUUGACAGAUUAACAGUUCUAAAUUUUGAAUACUCUUAGUGAGUACACACUUGUAUACCACAUUGUUAGCAAUUGACAAUAUAUCACACUUACUUCUUGCACAGGUUAUUCACAAUAUUUCAAAUAGGAAAUUGUAUAUUUCAGUCACAUUUUAAUUUUAUACAGAAACUGUCGAUUUUGAAUCAUUCAAAAUUUCUUCAGCUCCCUUUCCCAUCACAGUAGACAAUCAAACGUUUGGUUUUUUUUAUUAUUUUUUUAAUAGAUAUAUUAUCUACGAAGAAUAUUUUCCACCUACAAAAAUUUGUGCUUUCAAUUCCAUCACACAACAUAGGGCACAAACAGACAUAGAUUUAAAUACAAGAGAACUUAAAUAAAUGCUGACAGAAUAAGAUACCAAACCAAUUUGUUUAACUUACAUGAAGAAUCUAUGGAUGAAUUUAAUCACAUAAUACUACAAACUUAAAAUAAUUAUUCAGUGAGUCACAAACAGGGAAAAAAUUAUAAGUGUAUGCUAAAACACAAUAUUUCCUGUCAGUUAUGUAACUAAAGGCUGAAAGUGGCUUCUGAUAUUCGUAAUAGAAGUAAGAGGCACAGACUGCUUAUGUUAUGCAAGUGUAAUCCAAUACACACUGCAGAAAAAUACUAUUCAUAAUAUGUUUGUUUUUACAUCUGGUCACAAAUAGACCAGCAUAACCAACAAAAAAAAAUCAACAAUAAUUUGACGGUUUUUGAAGAUGCAUAUGCUGCACAAGACAUUAAUCUUCAACUUUUAUCUGUAGAAAAGAUCUGACAUUUUUUUUUCUGUCCUAGCAAGACUGAGGAAUACGUUCUGAAUUGGACUGUAAAUAUAUGUAAUUACUUCUCUUUGUGACUUAUGUAAACUGUUUUUUAAAUAAAUGUAAAUAUUUUUAAAACUA